GAUUGUGUUCGUGUUUUAAGUAGUUUUUUUUCAGACAGUUCAUUCAUCUGACUACGGUACAACGUGAUCAACUGACCACGGUAUCACGUGAUCAACUGACCAUUGACUUGUGUCAAACAAAAUGGCGGCGGCUUUUGUUGGCGUCUGGAAACUGGACCGGGUAGACGGGGCAGAGGAAUAUUUCCAUGCAACUGGUCAAACAGAAGCCCUUCAAGAGAUUGAGAAAAUAGCAAGCAUAGAAAUAUUGCUAGACGGGACCGAUCUUACCACUAUCACCAACAUUGAUGGCAGAGAUCCUCGGAGGGAGACACAUACGUUGGGGGAGACUUAUGAAAGUCAGGGACCAGGUGGAGUCAAGAUAAAGGCCAAAUCUUACAUGGACGGGGACAAAUUGGUUUCUGAAGGUUCUGCCGGGGAAAUGGAGUGGAUAGCUGUUCGCUAUUUCAGAGGCAGCGCCAUGGUAACGGAACUUACGUCCAAAGGAAAAACAAUGACCUUCACCCUGGUGAAAGUAUAGGUGUCGCCACAUAAGACUAUGAAAAAUAAAGUCAAAGAUUCCUUC